GGGGCGUGGCGUCUGUUUGUACCACCCCCUUGGAGGUCCGCUCGUCGCUUCUGACUGAACAAAGUCCCACGCUGCCUUGCGACACUUCCGGUCGGCUUGUCGAACAGAGAUUCCUACUUGGAAAGAGAGCGCCAGAACCGAGGAUGGACGUGUCUGCUCCUGACAGUGACUGGCGGAGCGCGGGCUUCAGGCAGAAGCUGGUCAGCCAGAUUGAAGAAGCUAUGCGCAAAGCUGGGGUUGCUCACAACAAGUCUAGCAAGGAGAUGGAGAGUCAUGUCUUUCUGAAAGCCAAAACCCGGGAGGAAUAUCUGUCUUUGGUGGCCAGGCUCAUUAUUCACUUUCGAGAUAUCCAUAACAAGAAAUCUCAAGCAUCCAUCACCGAUCCAAUGAAUGCCCUCCAGACGUUAACAGGCACAGCUCCUGUAGGUGUACAGGGAAUGCCCAUGGGGGUCCGUCCCCCUGGUGCUCAGUUGGGAGGCAUCAGUGGAAUGCCACAAAUGACUCAACAGAUGAGUCUUCCUGGUCAACCACAGCCUGGAGCAUCUGGAAUGGCACAGCAUGGCAUAUCUGGAGUGUCAGCUGGAAACCAGCCAACUCAACUCCAGCUCCAGCAAAUGGCACAGCAGCAACAACAACAGUUUCAGCAGCAGCAAGUAGCUGCCCUCCAACAGCAGCAGCAGCAACAACAACACCAGCAGCAGCAGCAGCAGCAACAGCAGCAGCAGCAGCAAUUUCAAGUUGCUCAGCAGAAUGUAAUGCAACCACAACAGCAGCAACAGUUUCAGAUGGCCGUGGCUGCAGCACAGCAGCAGCAACAAGCGCAGCAGCAGCAGCUUCAAGUGGCAGCUCAGCAACAGCAGCAGCAUAUGUUGAAACUACAGAUUCAGCAGCAGCAGCAGCAGAACCAGCAGCAGCAAUUACAGCAACAGCAAAUGACUCAACAAAUGGCAGCGCAUAUUCAACGAAUACAUCAACAACAACAACAACAACAACAACAACAACAGCAGCAGCAAGCCAUGCAACAGCCUUUGCAGCAACAGCAAAUGCAACAACAGCAACAACAGGUUAUGCCGCUCCGGUUACAGCAGCAGCAGGUGGCACAGAGUCAGCAGCAGUUGCUUUCUACACAGCCCCAGACUCAGCCCCUGAUACAACAAGGUCAGACUCUGCAAGGACAGAUUCCUUCACAGGUUAUGUCUGUAACACUCACACCGCAGCAGCAGCAACAACAGCAGCUCAAGAUAAUCCAGCAGAUUCAAGCGCAAGUGCAAGCACAGCAGCAAGCUCAACAGCAAGUUCAGGCACAGCAGCAGGCCCAGCAGCAGGCUCAACAGGCACAGCAGCAGGCUCAGCAGCAGGCUCAACAGGCACAGCAGCAGGCCCAGCAGCAGGCUCAACAGGCACAGCAGCAGGCUCAUAUGGCAGCUGCAGGAUCCCAGAUGAUCACCGCAGCUAUGACUCGAGGUGGGAUGGCAAUAAGGUCGCGGUUCCCGCCUACCACUUCAUCUGACACGCCUCCAAGCUCCACCCCACUGGGAGGAUUGCACAUCCCACAGGUGACUCAAAGCAGUAUCUCUUUAAUGUCGUCACCAUCACCUGUACAGACUCCACAAUCCAUGCCGCCACCUCCGCAGCCAUCGCCACAGCCCUCACAGCCAAUGUCUCAACCCAACUCCAAUGUCAGCUCAGGUACAGCGCCCUCACCAAGCUUCAUGCCCAGUCCAUCCCCACAGCCCUCUCAAAGUCCAGCUUCUGCCCGAACCCCUCAGAAUUUCAGUGUGCCCUCUCCAGGACCCCUUAAUACUCCAGGCAAUCCAAACUCUGUGAUGAGCCCUGCAAGCACCAGCCAGUCAGAUGAGCAGCAGUACUUAGAGAAGCUGAAACAACUCUCCAAGUAUAUAGAGCCUUUACGACGCAUGAUUAACAAGAUUGAUAAGAAUGAAGAUCGCAAAAAAGAUUUAAGUAAAAUGAAGAGUCUCUUGGAUAUUCUGACUGAUCCAUCUAAGAGAUGCCCCCUACAAACCUUGCAGAAAUGUGAAAUUGCACUGGAGAAACUGAAGAAUGACAUGAUCGUGACAACUCCACCUCCUCCAACUGUUCCUUCCACAAAGCAGCAAUAUCUGUGUCAACCAUUGCUGGAUGCAGUUCUGGCAAAUAUUAGAUCGCCUGUAUUUAACCACUCUUUGUACCGAACAUUUGUACCAGCUAUGACUGCUAUUCAUGGGCAGCCCAUCACAGCUCAAACGGUUCUUCCCCGAAAGAGGAAAUAUGAAGAUGAUGAGAGGCAAACUAUUCCCAAUGUGCUCCAGGGGGAGGUUGCAAAAUUGCACUCCAAGUUUUUGGUCAACCUAGAUCCAUCUCACUGCAGUAAUAAUGGAACUGUCCAUCUUAUAUGUAAAAUAGAUGAUAAAAACCUCCCAAGUGUGCCUCCUCUGCAGCUCAGCGUGCCAGCAGACUACCCUGAGCAGAGUCCACUAUGGAUGGACAAUCCACGGCAAUAUGAAGCAAACCCAUUCCUGCAGUCUGUAUAUCGCUGUAUGACAUCCAAACUUCUCCAGCUUCCUGACAAGCACUCUCUCACAGCCCUACUGACGACCUGGGCACAGAGCAUUCGGCAAGCGUGCCUGGCGGUGGCAUAGACACAGCAAGGAAACCUUGGACUGCCUUUAUACUCCUGCAUAUGUUACCUUAUUAUCAUCUGCCAUUAACUGUUAGAUAAGAGGAGUCCAUUGUCUUUCUACGUAAUAGCUCUGUGCCAACAUUUAUAGUAUGUAAUAGACACCUUGCUGUGGUGAGCAUCUAGCUAGUGGCAGAGCAUGUGAUCGAAUAUGCAUAAGAAUGAAUGCCUGAUGCAUACUUUGUACAUAUGUUUUUGCAUUUUGUUUAUUAUAAUAAAUCAAAGAUCCCCAUUA